AGUGCCUUUAAUGGGGGAGCCUUUCCAGAUUCCACUAGUAUAGAAUAUAUCCCCCACCCCCAACCUUUUUCUUCUUCUUCCAAAUAAAGGAAACCAUGCAUUUCGGAUUCACUACCAAUGGUAAAUGUCAAAAUGUUUCUUUAUCUUCCUUGGCUUCUUGCUGUGUUUGUUGGAAUCCAAGUGAAGAGGUGGACAAAUUUGAAAUGAGUUCAUGCUAUGUAAAAGGCUCGUCAAAGAAGAUUGAAAAUAUAGAGGAGAAUGGUUCUCAAAUGUGGUUACAAUCGUCUUGCCCGCUUCCUGAAACUCCUACCGAAUCAAUGGACUAUCUUGCCAGAUCAUGGAGUCUGUCUGCUAUGGAACUCUCCAAAGCACUUUCCAAGACGCAUAUACCACCUUCCAAUGCCAUUGAUGAUGAUGACAAGUCUACAUCGGCUUCUUCUGUUGGAAAUAUCCAAAAAGAUCAUUCAGGCACCACUGCUUCAAGGCAAUCCAUAUACAAGAGCAUUGUAAGAGGGAGAACAAUGGGGAAAUGGUUGAAGGAUCAGAGAGAGAGGAAGAAGCAGAAGAUUAGAACCCAUAAUGCACAACUUCAUGCAGCUGUCUCAGUGGCUGGAGUCGCAGCUGCCGUCGCAGCACUUACGUCCUCUAAUGCGAUGGUUCCAGAAGUGGAAACUACUUGUCUUAAGACAUCUUCUAAAGUAUCUAAUGCUAUUGCAUCUGCAGCCACUCUUGUUGCCUCGCACUGCAUUGAGAUUGCAGAGGACAUGGGAGCUGAUCAUGACCAAAUCUUGACAGUGGUAAACUCUGCAAUGACUGUACGAACAAGUGGUGAUAUAAUGACCCUAACAGCCGGAGCGGCGACAGCCUUGCGAGGAGCUGCCGCCUUAAGGGCAAGGCUGCAAAAGACUGGGACUUUAGCUUUGGGUGAAGACAGUAACGGAUCGAAUAUCUCAACCGCAUUGAACUUUGUUGCAACCGGAGGAGAACUACUCAAGCGUACAAGGAAAGGAGCUUUACAUUGGAAGCAAGUUUCUUUCUAUAUGAACUCUAACUGGCAGGUGGAGGUUAAACUGAAAAGCAAACACAUGGGAGGCACUACAUGAAAAAGAAGAAGUGUGUGAUCGUGGGAGUUCAUGAUGGCAUUCUUGCAUGGCCAAGAAGGGAGAAAGAAGACAAUGAUGAGCAGAGAGCUUAUUUUGGGAUUAAAACUGCAGAGAGGAUAAUCGAAUUCGAGUGCAGGAGUAGAAGUGACAAACAGAUGUGGACGGAUGGGAUCCGACAUAUGUUGAAUUGUUGUAAAAAUAUGGCAUAUUUCUGAGAGAGGCUUUUUUUGGAUAGAUGGGAAAAGCUUGAUUUUCAUUUCUGUGAAACAAUCAUGUUGAAAUUGUAUGUUUGAUUCCUCAGACACUUAGCUGAGGGAGGUCAUUGGAAUGUUCCAUG